UCACUUGGAUGCCAGUUUGCUUGCCAACAAAAACAACCAAGGAUGUCGAAGUACCCUGCAUAACAUCUGGGUUAUUUGGGAAAACAUCAGACAAUGAAGGUGACAAAUCAAAGAGGAGACUGAAGUUAAUUCGAGCCAAGACUUUGGAUAACGAGGAAUGCAAAAGGAGUUCAGUUUUCAUGUCAAUUUACCUGAAGCCGAGCAUGAUUUGCAUUGGCGGCGAAAUUGGCCGAGAAACAAUUUGUUCGGGAAAUUCUGGUGGACCCCUGGUGACACAAGAAUCUGGAAGAUACGUGCAGAUUGGCAUCACUUCAUUCGGCGGGACGGAAUUUUGCGAAAUGUCUGGGAUCAUCACUUGGACGCCAGUUUGCUUGCCGACGAAGACAACCGAGGAUGUUGAAGUGCCCUGCAUAACGUCUGGGUUCGGGAAAACAUCAGACGAUGAAGGUGACAAAUCAGAGAAGAGACUCAAGUUUAUUCGAACCAAGACUUUGGAUAAUGAGGAA